GGGGCCGGGGCUGGAGCCGCGCCGGGGAGCGGGGAGCGAGGAGCGGAGCGCGGAGCUGCCCCAGUGGGGCGGCAAGGGGCCGCGCUGCCGCUUGCGCCCGAGCCGGAGCAUCCCGAGCCGGAGCAUCCCGGCGGCGUCAGCCGUCUGCUUUUCGAGGGAGGUCGGCACUCCAGGUGCGGGGUGUUUUUUCCUGCCCCUGCCCUCACCCGGUGCGCGUUGUUCGUGCUCUCGGUGCCAGCGGAGCCUCGGCGAGCCCGGCUGCCCGACUGCCCGGCGCUGUUGCUCGCACGUUCCCGCAGCGCCGGGGCCUCUCGCUCCCGCUGUCCGGCGCCGAGGGUGCCGCGCCGGCUGAGGCGGGUCCCGGCGGGUCCCCGGCGGGGUUGGGAGGUUGCUGUGCGCCCUGGAACAGCUCCCGCCGCGCCUCGCCCGUGCUGCUGCUCCGAGGGAGCAUCUUUAGCGGUUUGCCUGUCCUGUGCUGUAACCAAGGGCAUUUGAUGUUCGUAAGUGUUUAACCGAGGGGCUUUUCUCAGCAUGCAGUCCCUUUGGAUUUGGGCGUGAUCACCAACCACUUCCUCUGCAUUGGACAUUUAGCUUCUAUUUCCAUAUCUUCUUCCUGCUCUUCUGAAGGAUGAAAUCUUAAAUUGUCCUGGACUUGAGCAGUAAAGGAUAAAUUCAUUCACUGGCUGACUUGUCAUCUCACCGUUGUGAUGGAAAAAUGUUCGCUUAAAAUAAACCCUUUUUAUGCCACUAAAACUGCCUUCGAAUACAAGAUCUGUUGUGAUUUUUAAAACACAAACCCAGUAAUGUCAGAACCUGACCCUUCAUCUGGAUUUGUGGGAAACAUGGAAAAUGGGACUUUUCUGGAACUGUAUCCCACAUCCCUUUCAACUUCAGUGGAUUCAUCGCCUGGCCGUUUAUCCAACGUCUAUGUCUAUGUUUCUAUAUUCCUUAGUCUCUUAGCUUUUCUCCUUUUGCUACUGAUCAUUGCACUUCAGAGGCUGAAAAACAUCAUUUCUUCCAGUUCCUCCUACCCUGAGUACAAUAGUGAUGCUGGAAGUUCGUUCACUAAUUUAGAGGUUUGCAGUAUUUCUUCCCAGCGCUCUGCUCUCUCAAACCUUUCUUCAUGAAAACAAAUGAAAGGAAACACACAGGGAAUGGAAGAGCUUUGUCUGGUUUCUUGGGGAGUUAGUGCAUGUAACAUUUGAACAUUUGCCUUAGAAGACUAUUAUCAAGAGGUGUUUUUAAAAGUUUCCUUGUUUUUUUCCCCUCUUCUUUUCGAGUUUUCAUUUCCCCUUUAACUAAUUUUAAUUUUGUACAAUGGAUAAUGAAUGAUACCUGAUCAUCAUUUCUUGCCUGUAACAGUGAUGCUGUCUCUUUCUCACGCAUAGACGGUGUUCAUUAAGAGUAUUCCUGCCAAAUAGUAACACACUUCUAACUGGAUGUGUUAUUUUUCUGCUUUAAUUGUGACCCCUUCCCUGGUCUUGUGUCAGCAAUAUGCUGACUGUUUUUCUUUUCCUUUUUUUAAUUAUAUAAAGAAUUCUGGAUGAAAUCUCUAUUGCAAAAGUACAAAAAAACUGCUUAAAUGAUAAAUACUGAGACAAUUUACAGUUGUUGAUAUUGUUUCCUUUUUUUUUUUUAGUUUUCACAUAUUUUUCAGUGUUUAUUGAUGUUUAUAAAACACAACUAAUUCUCGAAGAAUGUUGCAUUUGUUUAUUGUACUCCAAACUCGUUCUGUAUAAAGUCUGUAUUUCAGUUUUUGAGUCUCUUUGGUUAACUUAGUAAAGCAACCACAAUAAUGAUGCUCAC